GGUCCAGGGCUUGCUUGCCCCUUGCCCCCUGGGAAGCACAGGCUCCACCCAGCCGGCCCGCCGGACGCGCUGACCGUGAACUUUGCUGUUCGUGGGGCGUUGCGAAAGACCUGAAGGUGGCCCGGGCGGCGGCCCCGGGCUGAGCUCCUGGCCGCGGGCCCCCCGCAGACCAUGUCCCGGGCCCCGGCGCGCGCGGAGGGCGGCUGGGCCUGGGUGGUGCUGCUGGCCGCCGUGGUGACCCAGGCGCUCACGCUGGGCUUCCCGCCCUGCAUCGGCGUCUUCUUCGACGACCUGCAGCGCCAGUUCCAGGCCAGCAACAGCCAGACCUCGUGGUUCCCGUCCAUCCUGACGGCCAUGCUGCACGCGGGCGGUCCCCUCUGCAGCAUCCUGGUGGAGCGCUUCGGCUGCCGAGUGACCAUGAUGCUGGGCGGCCUGCUGGCCUGCCUGGGCAUGGCGGCCAGUUCCUUCUGCCAGAGCCUCUGGGCGCUCUACGUGACGGCAGGCCUCAUCUCAGGCCUGGGCAUGUGCUUCAGCUUCCAGUCGAGCAUCACGGUGCUGGGGCUCUACUUCUCCCGCCGCCGCGCGCUGGCCAACGCGCUGGCCUCCGUGGGCGUGUCGCUGGGCAUCACGCUCUGGCCGCUGCUCUCGCGCGCCCUCCUGGAGGCGCUGGGCUGGAGGGGCACCUUCCUGCUCUUCGGGGGGGUCCUGCUGCACUGCUGCGUGUGCGGGGCCGUCCUGAGGCCCGUGGCCCCCGGCGCGGCCGCCCCCCCCGAGGCGCCGGCGGGGCCCCCGCGGCCGCCCAAGACCCCCGGCCCGGGCUGCCUGGCCGCGUGCGGCCGCGCCGCCGGGCGCCACCUGGCCUUCGACGUGCUGCGGCAGAACGCGGCCUACCGCGUGUACACGCUGGGCGUCGUGUGGAUGAUCCUGGGCUUCCCGCUGCCCCACGUCUUCCUGGUGCCCUACGCCCGGCGGCACGGCGUGCCCGAGCACCAGGCCGCCCUGCUCAUCUCCAUCAUCGGCUUCAGCAACAUCUUCCUGCGGCCGCUGGCCGGGCUGCUGGGCGGCCGCCGGGACUGCGCGCGCCACCGCAAGUACCUCUUCAGCGCGGCCGUGCUGCUCAACGGCCUCACCAACCUGGUGUGCGUGGCCUCCGCCGACUUCCCGGUGCUGGUGGGCUACUGCCUGGUGUACAGCGUGUCCAUGGGCGGCAUCGGCGCCCUCCUCUUCCAGGUCCUCAUGGACCUCGUCCCCAUGGACCGCUUCUCCAGCGCCCUGGGCCUCUUCACCGUCCUCGAGAGCGUCUCCAUCCUCGUCUCCCCGCCGCUGGCUGGGUUUCUCCUGGACACCACCGACAACAACUUCAGUUACGUUUUCUGGAUGUCCAGCUUCUUCCUCAUCUCCGGGGCGCUCUUCAUGGGGGGCGGCUUCUAUGUUCUGCAGAGGAAGGAGCGGCACGGCCGGCGGGCGGGGGCUGAGGGCGCGGGGCCAGCAGCUGCCCGGGAGCCGAGCCUCAGCCCCGCGGACAGCGAGGGCGCCAAGAAGCCGCCGAGCACGGAGGUCACCUGCGUGACCAGCGUCUGAGCCCAGAGGCCUGAGAACUGGACGUCCAGCUGCGCACGGUGGAGGCCAGCCUCCCAGACGGACUCGGGCCUCCGUGCCAGGGCCACGGUCCAGGAGCAGGUCUCGCUGGGGGCAGAGUCCCCGGCAGGUGGGCCUGGGCCCUGUGAGGCUCAGCUGGCACAGGGUGGGGGGUCCCGGAGCCCUGGCCCAGCGGGGAGGGCGCUUGCCCUGCACGCAGCUGACCCAGGUUCGAUCCCUGACAUCCUCCGGGGUCUACUGAGCACCGCCAGGAAUGAUUCUUGAGCACAGAGCCAGGAGUGACCCCUGAGUAUCGCCGGGUGUGAUCCAACCCCCCGCCACGACAAAAAACAGACCGCACUGACCCUCCCUGUUCCUCUCUGUCCGCCUCAACCUCCUCUGCCCUCCUGGACGCCCCCACUUCCCAAACAGCCCCGCCCUUGCCUUCUGAGACUGCGGCAGGGGGUGAGAUUUGGACAGAGCCGGUACUGGGUGGGGCCCCUCCCCUGGCUCCCGUCCAGAGAGCUGGAGGGGAGCCCCUGGCAGGGAUCCCCGGGUUAGGGGAGUCGGUGGGCCCCCCCUCCCCGCCCAGCUGGGCCUGUUGGAACAUCUCCAGAGUCUCAGGCAGGGAGAGGGCUGAUAAGAGGGGUGAGUUGGCGGGGGGCCUCAGAAAUGCACCCUCACCAAGCAAUCAGCACCCGCCUCUAGGACCGCAAGCAUCAGCCGGGGUUCCCCAGCACCCCGCCCGUCCCCUGUGGUCAGGAAGUCACAACAUCCCCCCACACCUUCUUUUUUUUUUUUUCUUUUUUUGCUGGUGCCCUUUCCUGAGGCCAUCACCUGGGGACUGGCUGUCUUCGGCCCUGGCCAGCCCCGGCAGGGGACCGAGCAGGGAAAACAGAGUCUGUUUGGAUUGGACACAGAGCCAGGGGCACCCCCGCUAAUCGGCUGCAGCGCAGCGGAGCCGGGCCAGCAAUCCUGGGCCCCGCAGCUCUGACUCAGCAGGCGCUGCUCCCGGUCCUGGACCUUGUUUGUUGAUUCAGGCUCAGUCAGGCUCCAGCAAGAAAACCUUAUCGGGAGAUUCGAUUUGAAUUUUCCGACCCGACCCGAGUGCAGCCCCGGGCGUGUUCCCCCGUGCUCCCGGGGUUUCUUCCCAGGGCCCUGCGCCGAGUGCCCCCUGCUGGCCAGAGACGGUAGGGCAGAGAAAUUCAUCUGGGGGGGCGCCGGCGGCAAAUUGCCCCGGGGAGCAUUUUGUGACCCUGGUCCUUAGGAAGCUACAGGGCCACAGCACAGCGGGGAGGGCGCGUGCCCUGCACGCGGAUGACCCGAGUUCGGUCCCCGGAUUCCAUAUGGUCCAGACUCAGGAGUAACACCUGAGCACUGCUGGACUCCUUUCCAGGCUAAGGACUGAUGCUGGGGCCCCUCCUAGGGGAAAAAUUUAGUGUCACACUCAGGGCAAAUUUAAAGUGCCGCAUAAAUUGCCAGGCGUGGCCACUUGCACGCGCCUUGCCCAGCUGGAGGCUUGGGGUGCUGGUAGCCACCGUGCAGCCCUGGAUGUCUUUCUGGCCCUCCCAUGCCCUUGACUUCUCCUGAUAAGGAAAGAAAUAAGUGAACAUUCAGGGCUAAGCCAACCUGUGACGAUUAAGCAAUUAUUUCUGGGCAGAUUCCUUCAAUAAA